AUGCUGAGGUCAGUUUUGAUGGGUGUCGUGGUCCUGGAGAUAUAUUUUCGUCCUUGGUCAUUCUUAAGUCAGCUCGGGGAAAUGACCAUAAUAUCUGACCUGGCUAGCUCAUUUUCUCUAGUAUCAUCAGUUGCCCCCAGCCUUGAGCUAGGCUUGAGUAAAUCCUUGGUUGGGGCUAAGCUUCUAGAUUGCGCUCGUCCAAUCAUGCUCUUAGGAUUUCUUCGUCAUUUUCCAGGUUCAAUGAGUCCUUCUCGUAGAACACUAGAUUCCCCUCCUAGCUUCGUUGGCUAUUCAAUUGUAGUGAGGAUAUCCCUCGUUCACAAUUUAUGUCCUGAAUCUCGAGUGUUUGAGGAUAACUUUAUGAACAUUCCCUGUCUAUUCCUUAGGCUAAAUUGCCUUCUUCCUAUAUCUCGAGUCGUGCAUUUUACAUCUUUAGAUUCAUCAUCUUCUAUAACCUCCCUAUUUGGGGAUGAGGCUAAUCAAGUCGAGGUCAGUUCAUCUUCUAGGGGUGACGAUGUUAACUUUGAAGAUGUCUUGGAGAUUGUCGAACAUUUGAGUAUUGCUUAUCCUAAAGAGGUUCCUAAAAAGGCUAAUAACGGGCCGCAAAUUAGUACACCUAAAAAGUCUUCUUCGUCGGUU